AUGCCAACGGUUCGAGAAAACGAGAACCUUGAAGAAGAACUGAAUGAAUUGGAAUGGAAGGAAUACAACGUUUCUUCUAAUAAGCUUUAUAGCGUGGAAGUAAGUAAUUUUUAUCAGAAUUAUUUCAGAUCGUUAUCACCAGUCUAAAUGCAUGUCAUAUUUUUGUCACAUAGUGGUAAAUACGCGUCAAAAAACACAUUUUAAAACCAAACUAAAAUCAGAGACAAACUUAGCUGUAUGAGACACUUGUCCUUAACGACAUUUCUCACGUUUUGCAAGCCACUAUUAGACGUUCACGGGGAAAAACAAGCUUUCCCUCUCCCACCCCUGCUCUAACAAUGUUGUGCCAGUUGUUUAAGCUGUCUGUGGGGAACAACAAACAACCCAGCUAUAGUGAAACCUCUAUUAAAACUUCGAGACCUUCCAAGUGUCCGCUUAAUAGAGGUUGUAAAAAUUGCGCAGUGUUUGUCAACGAUCAACAUUCAGCGGUUUCUCUGUACUGUGAUAAAGUUGCCUGUUAAAAAUUAACAGACUUCAUUACGUAUUUCAAGGAUGAAAUCUAAUACUACCAUUGUCAAUUCAGUCCGUUGUCCGCUUAAUAGAGGUUUUUAACAAUAGAAAUUAGCCGCUUAAUAAAGGUGUCCGCUGAAUAGGGUUCGUUAUAUGGGGAAAUAUAAGACGUUAAUUUCGGGACCCGGUUUAGUGUCCGCUUAAUAGAGGUUUCACUGUAUAGUUUAGGGGGUAAGUGGGGGGCGGGGAAGGGGACCAAAAUAUAUCCCACCUUUGAUUGGGAUAUAUAUUCUUUAAUGAUAAAUCACCGUGUAUAGUUAGCAGGAUAAGUAGAUGUGUUAUUUGGGAGCUUAAGCAAAGGCGUUUUUAAGAGAUGCACAUCAACCGGAAGUUAGGACUCGUCCCUGUUAAUAUGCCUUGACGCUAUAAAAUUUGUCUUGUUUAGUUUCUUUACACUUGAAGAGACGAUUUAACUGAAAAUGUGGAUAAAACCGCUGCUCAGGAAUGUAAAAGGUCCACUUCCCUUUGACGUACGUCGCUCAAAAACGCCUUAGCUUAAAGGAACCGUAUCCCGUUACUGUGCAUGUACCAAACUUUGAUUUUCUGACAGGAUGUCGCGAAUUCAAAACAUGCGAGGAGAGUAAGAGAACCUUGAAAAAUUCGUUUCCAUAGUGCUUGGCCCAGUUUUAUACGACACAAAAACGUCUCUGAAUAACAGAUCAGUGAUAUAUUGUUCCCGUUAGGUUUCGAUUCGGGCAAAAUCGGGAUUUUUUUAACGUUACUUUCAUCAUUGCCGUUGGCUGGAGGAUCAAGAGAAGGGAAGCCUCCAUUUUAUGUAAGUGAAUUCAGUCCCAGUAACGUUUUUCCUCUUCGACAAAGUAGUGAUUAUUUCAAUGGAGCAGGGUUAAAGCCGCACAGUAGUCUGUUACAAAAGAGCUACGUAAAGUCUCAUAGCACUUUGUUAUGGUCAGUGUAUGGUUGUGGACUAUUUGCUUUUUCUGAAUUCAAUCACUUUUAAAGAAGGAAACCUAAAUCAUACCAGUUUGCUUGAAAGAGGCUCUUCAGCCUUGAUAUUAAUGCAACAAAUCUAACGAUUUCAGCAGGAAACAGGUUGGUAACCUGAAAGAAAAGCAACUCUCUAGUUUAAAUUUCCAGUCUCGCUCUAUAUUUUUUCUUUAUAAACGAAAACAAUCAAGGAAACCUAAAUCAUUCCAGUUUGCUUAAAAGAGGCUUUUCAGGCUCUGUUUCAUAUGAAACAGGUCGGUAACUUGAAAGAAAAGCAACUCUUGUUUAAAUCUCUUCAGAUUCGCUUUAUAAUUUUUCGUUAUAAACGAAAACAAUCCAACAGCCAAGCAUUCAAAAAUCUCAGACAAUUAAAGACACCACCUUAAUUUCAGGCUUUAUUAAUUUAUGAUUGAAAUUAACGGUCUAAUAAAAAACACGGAACAUUUUCGGGUAUAUUAUUCCCUUUCAACGUAUUUCCCCUUUUCGGACCUUUGAUUUUAAAGCAGACUUCGAUGGAACAAGUACAGUUUUCUUCUCCUCACUAUAGCGUUUCUUAUGCGCGUUUCCUCUCCUCGUCUCAUGCACGUCUGGCACGAUGAUACAAACAAUUGAAUAAACAGACCCCUUGGGCCCCUUACAUAUUUUAAUAUUUUAAUAUUUUAAUAUUUUUAAUAUUUAAAUAUUAAAAGGAACUUGAAUGAAGGCGUUUUUGAGCGACGGACGUUAACCGGAAGUGGACUUUUUAAUUUCAUGAGCAGUGGUUUUCCCAAAUUUUCAGUUAAAUCGUCUCUACAAGUGUAAAGAAAAUUGCAAUACAAAUUUCAUAACUUCAAGGCAUAUUCUUCGCUUCCGGUUGACCUACGUCUCUCAAAAACGCCUUUGCUUUAGCUCCGUAUUAAGAAAAAGUGCCCAGGAAAAAAGGUCACCCUCCAAGCCGAGUCAGCUUUGACCCUUUUACGUAAGCCAACAGCGCUCGCACGUGCUGUGCUUGUCUAAAACAACGUUCGCCCAUGCCCUUAUUGCCUUGCCUUGACCAAGUCGAUCCGGCUGGGUAAGCCAAAGGGCUUACAUGAAAAAAAGUUGGCCUGGAUAGGAGGUGGCGUGGCUCUACCAUCGACAAAGGGUUACCCGCCUACUUCCAGUAGCCUGCGCGCAGACGAAAUUAAACUCUGGUUGACUCCGUCUGCGAAACAGCGCCGAAAUCCUUGUUCUGGACUUCCAGCUGUGUACCCAGAUUUGAGUACGCGCCACGAUUGGCCAGUUAAAAAAGGCCUUUGUUUUGUUUGUCGUGAUCGCCAAUCAGGUUGAAGGGAAAUUCGAAACGCACUUCCGGUAAUUCGUUGAGUCCGUUGGGGGUUCAGAACAAGGAUCUCUGCGCUGCUUCGCAGACGGUACUAAUCAGAGUUUAGUUAUCGUGUGCACGCAGGCUAACUUCCAGCUGAGCCAGCUGUUUGUUUCUCAUGUAAACGGAUCACCACGUUUUGUAAGGAAAUGUAUGAAAGUUGGCUUGCCCAGGGUAGCUUGGGUAGGCUGCUGGUGACCUUGUACCCGGGCCAACUUUUCUCCAUAAAAUCGGGCCUAUGUGAUGGUUAGAUAAUCUAGCAGCGUAUCCUUAACUUUGGGAUCUCUCUUCUCUUUCUCGUCAUUUAAAUACUACAGAAUCGAUAUGCAUUAAGACUAUAAUCUCUUAAAUUCUUUUAGAACGCUAUUAGGGCAAUCCUGGAGUGCGUGAUUGCAGAAAAUAAAGGCAUAAUGGACCGGAGAUGUAUCAAGCAGUUUAAACAGUGGCUACCAAAAGAACACAAUAACAAAGUUGAACUGGUAAGAGUGUUUACGCUUUUCCUUCCUUUAAAAAAAAAUAAAAAUACCUUUUCAAACAAAAACGGAUACGUAUGGAUGAAAGACCAAACCGAAGGGAAAAAUCUCCCUCUUAAAACAAAAACGGAUACGUGUGGACGAAAGAUCAAUCCUGAGGGAAAAAUCUCCUUUUGAAACAAAAAGGGAUGCGUGUGGACGAAUGACCAAAGCGGAAGGACAAAUCUCCCUUUUCAAACAAAAACGGGUACGUUUGGACGCAAGAUCAAACUGGAGGGGAAAAUCUCCCUUUUCAAACCAAAACGGAUACUUGUGGACAGGGCCGAAGUUGUAUCUAUCUACGAAUUCAUUCAUCACGACCCAGUUUACUCAAUGGUUCAGAUAUUGUUAACCUUUAGCACGAAAUUUUCCCGCUUUCCGAGCUUCUAUCACAAUAGAGAUUUUCCUUUCAUUUUGUUUUGUUUUUUUUUCGUGAAAUUUUGGGGAUUCUUUGAGAAACAUUCUAUUACUUUUCAGUUACUGAAAUGCAGAUUUUUAAUAGACUAAAUAUCUGACGUUCUUUUCGUAGGUUCAGUGCGCUGUUAAGAGUUUCCAGCAAUGCACCACGCUUCCCAAAGAUCAUAAAUUUUCUGAAUGUAUGCUAGCGUUUAACAUCUGUGUAGAAAGGAUCGAGCGUGGCCUUUAG